AUGAGUGGCAGAACCAUUGGAUCAAGAGGGAAUCGUGGUGGCAGAGGUCAACAACGUUCACAAAAUCUUGGUGAACGCCAUCCACAUCCACAAAGGCAAAAUCGAGCAGUGUCUCCCUCGCGCCUUGAGGAAGUAAGAAACGAACAAAUUCAAGCAAUAUCCAGUUGUUUUAAUUCAUCCGAAUUGUCAUAUAAUGGGAGCGAUGCUGUAAUCUCCAUCCUUCAUAGUGAACCUUAUAAAAGAACUUGGAGGAGAUUAAUUAAAAAUGAAUUUAUCCAUCAGCAUCAAAUGAGGCGAUUCAUAACAUCAUGCAUUAUUGAUGCUAAGAAAGUCGGCUAUGAAUUAGAGGAACUUGUAAAGGAAUUAGGUUCCUCGAACGGAAUAGAUAGAAUCCGAGAAAUUGUGGCCUACCCAGUUUCGGUAGACGCAGGAAGUAGACCAAAAGUGGCAUCAUUUCAACGCGUGACCUUACCUCUUUUGGCACUUUUGACUCGUAGUGGAAUUAUUGAAUGCAACCUUGAUAAAAAAAUCAAUAGCAUUUAUCUUGUCGUCUAUAAUAAUUUGGAUUCUUUUGUGAACAAAGUCGUAAUGUCUAAUCUUCAAGUUUUGGUGGAAAGGAGAGACGUUUCUGAUCAUCAAAAAAAUCAAAAUGCUUUACUUGCUGAUGAUCCCGAUGCAUUUAUCCCUACGUCUCUCGGGCAAUUUUUUUUGGUUAUUGUUCGAUUGAUCAACGAAUUUUUAAGGCGUAUCAAGUCUUCAUCAUUUGAUGAAACCAUUCACCAAAUAGCAGAGAAAAUUGAAAGACUCAAGAACGAGUGGCACGAGUCGUUAGAUCAACAGGUUAACGCUUCCGAUCCGCUCGCAAAUGACACAAAGUGCCGAGAUUAUUUCUUUCUAAUUUUAGAUAAAGAUAUUGAACGCAUGAAGAAUAUGUUAAAGAAGACAGUAGACAAAACUCCAAAAGUAUCAUCCAACAGUGAUAUAAGUCGUUUUCGUAAUGUAUCCCGAUUAGUAGACUUAAAGAGGAUUUAUGAUCCACCGGGUGAACUUUCGCCAGAUGGCAUGCGUCACGAUAAUGACUUUAGUGAAAUCACUAAAAUAUCUAUCAUUCCUACCAAGGAAGAAACUUUAUGCGGGCGCGAACCAUUUUUACCCGUUAUCGAUGAAGACGAUAAUUUGCAUCACUUGCCUAAGGGUGUCGCUCGUCUUCUUGAUAGACAAUUUCGUUUGCUCAGGGAGGAUAUGCUUAAUGCUUUUCGUUUAAGUAUCAAAAGCUUUAUUAGCUUUCUUAGAGAAGCAGGUAAAAAUGAUGAAAAACUCAUAACUCAAGGUGGAAGAUACAAGCAUCAAGGGGAUGGGAAUUUAAACGUUUACACCAAUGUAAAGUUAUCUGAAAUUGUUAUAGACAUGCAAAAAGGUUUUGCUUGUCGGGUUACAUUCACUCCACCCAACAAUAAAAAAAGUUUUAAAGAACGCGAGGCAUAUUGGAGGAAAGCGAAUAGACUUAUGUCUGGAAAUAUGGUUUGUCUUCUUUGGCCAAACGAAGAUAAUUAUAAUGAGAAAAAAGAUAUUAGCGCAACCGAUUAUUCCAUAUAUUUUGGCAUAGUCGCUAAUAGGGACGAGAAGAUGUUAGCAAAAGACUCAGGAAUUGCAAAAGUCGACAUUACUUUUAUAGAUGUUUCCAUUUAUUCGAUGGCUAUGAAAGAAAUUUCGAGUCAGCAUACUUCCAACAGAACGGUUAAACAACGUUUCAUGGUUGAGUCGACAGAUCUUCUUUUCGAAAGCUAUAAAAAUACAUUGAAGACUCUUCAAGAAGCUCAACCUGAAGAUUUUCCCUUCGCAAUGUAUUUUGCUACGAAAAUGGAAGGCGACAUGUCUAAUAUUGUCGCCAACGUUGACCCGCCUAUUUAUUCUAGGGCCCCUGGCUUUAAAUUUGAUCUUUCAGUUUUACUCGGAGGCAGCGUAAACAGAAGAUUGCUUUUGGAUGUCAGAAAUAGGCGAUCUGAAAACGAUGCCAUCGAAGACCUGAAAGCCCGCACCACACUUGACGAAACUCAAGCACAAGCGCUUGUCUCAGCUUUAAGUCGCGAAGUUGCAUUAAUUGAAGGGCCUCCUGGCACGGGAAAAACGUUUAUUGGCGUGCAAAUUAUGCGUGUGUUGUUGGCCAACCGCAAAUCUAGUAAAAUCGGGCCAAUUCUAACAAUCACUUAUACCAACCAUGCGCUGGACUCAUUUUUAUUAAGCCUUCUGGAACAUAAAAUAGAUAACAUUGUACGAAUGGGCUCAAGGUCGAAAUCUGAUGUUAUUAUGGAAUUUCAGAUUGAUGCUAUUUGUCGUAGACGUAACGAUAAGAGUCGAAAGAUGUUAUUGGGCCGUACCUAUCGAGAACUUAAGCAAGUCGAAAAGGAAGCGAAAAAAUUUACGGAAAAUCAAAAACUUAGGUGGAUUAAUUGGAAUCACCCGUUGGUCGCUUCAUAUUUGAUGGAUAAUUUUUACGAACAUUAUAGAAACUUAAUGAUACUUCCGAGAGUCCUAAAUAACAGAACCAGUCGCAAGGAAACCGGUACAUCAAAUAACAAAGUAGAAGGCGUAGAAGAUAAUAUGCAAGAUAGCGGAACCGAGGAUAUGGAAGACAGCGAAACCGAGGACAUGGAAGACAGCGAAACCGAGGACAUAGAAGACAACAGAAUAAAUAACGAAACCAAGGACGUGGCAGACAAUUCAUUAAAUAACGGAACCGAGGAUAUGGAAGGCAGCGAAACCGAGGACAUAGAAGACAGUAGAAUAAAUAACGAAACCAAGGGCGUGGUAGACAGCCCAUUAAAUAAUAGAACCGAGGACGUGGAAGAAAAUCUAUUAAAUGAAGACACGAACGAUAGUCAGGAUGAAUGGCAAACGGUUGGUGACAAAAAACGAAAAACAUCAAAUUUUGAACAAUGGAUCCAGGGAGUAGAUUUGCGAAGGGCUAAAAAAUUAAAAGAAAGUAUGAAUAAACCUAAGAAAAGAAGUGUAAAAGUUAAAAACAUAUAUGAAGCACUCUCAGGUGCGAGCGAUGGCAGCAAUGUUGACAAUUCCGACAAUACUGUCGAUCACGGAUUCUAUAACUGGCUUGAUUCAUGGAAGAUGCCCCAACGUGAAAGGAGUUUAGAGGAGUUAAAAGUUGAUUGCGAUGUUUGGAAUAUGUCUAAAAAAGAACGUGUGAUUUUGCAUGAUUUUUGGAGAGAGGAGAUCUAUUCGGAAUCUAUUGAAGAGCUAGAAAGAAUAAGAAAUGAGUACGACCAACUAAAAAGCGAAUUCGAUAAAAUACGCAAUGAAGAACGACGCGACAUUAUAACUAAAUGUGAUGUUAUUGGGAUCACUACAAGCGGAGCCGCAAAGUAUCACGAACUCAUCAGGUCGAUUGGACCAAAAGUCGUCAUUUGUGAAGAAGCCGGUGAAGUUUUGGAGGCACAUAUUCUAAGUAGUCUGACACCGUCCGUACAACAUAUUAUUCUGAUAGGAGAUCAUAAUCAACUGCGUCCUAAAAUUUGUGAUUAUUUAAUUCCUUUUCCCUUUACUUUAACCUUAAGUUAUUUCCUGUUGUUUUGGCUAACCCUUAAUAUCUAUGGCCUCUCCGUCGAAUCGAAUGCUGGGAAGAGCUAUGGUCUGGAUAUUAGUUUAUUCGAACGUCUCGUACAUGGAAGGAAUUCUUGCAUGAAGGUAGAAGCAACACAACUUUUAACUCAACGACGUAUGAGGAGGGAAAUUGCAGAUUUGGUCAGGGAAACUAUCUAUCCAAGUUUAGAAGAUCAUGAACGAACGUUGUAUCCUGAUGUUCGCGGCGUGCAAUCAAAUGUUUUCUUUAUCGACCACCGAAAUCCCGAAGAUUCAACGAAAAGCGAAUUUGCUCUUCAGUCUCAUUCCAAUAAAUAUGAAGUUCAAAUGGUUGUCGAAAUGGUGAAGUACUUUGUUAGGAACGGAUAUUCAAAGGCUGAACAGAUUGCUGUUCUUACUCCGUACCUAGGACAAAUGAUAAAGAUAAGGGACGCUUUGUCGAGUUCAUUCAUGGUCGUUAUAGAUGAACGUGAUAGUGAGGCGCUUGCAAAUUUCCAAGAUCAAUUGGAAGAUAAUGAACCAUUAACCGUAAGCACGGCAUCUAAGAAAAGGCUAACCCAACAGGUUGUGCUACGCACUGUUGACAAUUUUCAAGGUGAAGAGGCGGAUAUUGUUAUUAUUUCUCUUGUCAGAAAUACCAUAAAUCAAGAUGAUCGAGGGUCCAUAGGCUUCUUAAAGUCGAAAAAUAGAACAAACGUUUUGCUUUCGAGAGCUCGGCACGGCAUGUAUCUUCUCGGCAACGCUAGGCUUAUGAAAAAUGAGUCUAAAAUGUGGGCCGACGUGAUUGAAAUUCUUGAAUCCCGGCAACCAUCACAAGUUGGUCCUGGACUUCCAAUUGUAUGUGCCCAACAUCCUGACUACAAAAAUAUCAUCAGUAAUCCUCAGGAAUUCGCGGAGGUCUCGCCUGACGGUGGAUGCAUGCUUAACUGUGGAAUGAUUCUCGAUUGUGGUCACAUUUGCAAGUAUUUUCCAUUAUUUUUUGAGCAAGAAGUUCAAGAAUUACAAAAUCUAAUGACGAUUCCUAUUUAUUCACAUUAUGUAGCCAUAUCUCAGUUAUCUGCGAGAAGCCAUGUAUCCGAUUGCGUAAUUGCGGUCAUCCUUGCGAACUUACAUGUGGAGAGAAAUGCGGGAAAUGCGAUUUUCGAGUUGUGCCAUGAGUCAACCGAUAAUAUGAAAUGUCAUGAACUUUGUGGUUUUCUACUUUCGGAGUGUGGACACUCGUGCAAAUCAGAGUGUUGGGAAUGUCAGAAAGAGUCCAUUAAGGUCAACAAUGGCACACCUCAAAUUGAUGAAAAUGAGAAUGUUAGGCGAACCAAUCAUAAAGGAUGCAAACAAAAGUGUUCGAGGAAUCAAUUUUGUGUUGUAAUGAAACGUGCCAUAAGAACAAUCCUUGCCCUGGAUGUAAGGAUGUGUGUAAUGUUUCUUGCGUCCACUCAAAGUGCAAAACCAAGUGCGGCAUACCUUGCUCGGUGUGUGCGGAGCGGUGCAAUUGGUCGUGUGAACACGAAGGCGAAUGCAACCUUCCAUGCGGCGUGCCUUGUUCAAGAUUACCAUGUAAUAAGCAUUGCCAAAAGCUUCUUGAGUGUGGACACAAAUGGCGACUUUGGUAUUUGUGGGGAAGUUUGUCCUUCCUCCAAAUUCUGUGUGGAAUGUGCUCCGGAGAAUGUAAAGAGCCAAGUUGUUGAUUUGAUUAUGCAAACUACUUUCGCUGAAACUGAUUGGAACACGGAGCUUAUGGUGGUUCUUGAAUGCGAUCAUGUAUUUACCGCCGAAACAUUAGAUGGAUUUUUAGAGAUGAAUGAAUUUUACCAAGGUGAUGACCUAGGAAAUUGGCUUAACAUAAAACCGAUCGUUGAUCAGCCAGGAGAACUUAAAUACUGUCCCAAUUGUCGUAAGCUAAUUAAAAAUGUUUAUCGCUAUGGACGGGUAAUCAAGAAGCGUAUUCUUGAUACCCAGAAUAGAAAGUUUUUGAUGCAUUACGAUUCACGAUUAAAGAUAAUAGAAAAUGAUUUAGAAAAGGUCACAAAUCGUUUGGAGAACAACCGAAAAGAAAUUAUUGUAAAGUUAAAUGACAUUCAUCUCACUCAAGCUGGACAAGUUUCCGUAAAAUCGAAUGUAAAAAUAAUCGACAAUACCCAGCUAGAUAUUACUCCACGAGAGCGUUUUGAAAGGCUUGAGCAUUAUUAUUCGAUACCGUCGUAUCACGAGAGAUUAUGGAGUAGGCACGUGAAGUCCCUUCUCUAUUAUUAUAAAGAAGUUUACUUUCUGAUGUCUAGGAUCAUUAAUCCUCCACAUAAGCUCGCUUAUGAUGCUGCUGUAUCGAGUUUGUUCAAGAAAAAAUCAGAAGUACAAAUGGACAAACUAAUCGAGGAUAUGCGUUCGUUAAACAUAAUGCUUGAUGAUUCUGUUGAUACCCAAAAUCGUCGACUUCAAGAAAGUUUGAAAGAGGUCGGAAUUACAACUCCUAAAAUUGACAGACGAAUCUAUCUCGAUGCACUUUUUAUGAUGCUCAAUAUUCGAAAAGCACUAUUCCACGAGGUAUCAUCGAUUAUUAGCGGAUUAACCCGGACGACGCUCCCGAAUUAUAAAGACGAAUGGCUCAAGUUCUCCAAAUUCUUGAUAAAAUCCACCAAGUCACAUCUAGAGUUGAUCAAAAAGACUGCAUCAGAAACCCAAUAUAAACGUCAUUUAGUUACAGCAUUGUUAGGAUCGGUUGAGUUUAAGUGUGCAGUUGGGAGAUUUGAACUAAGGAAUCCCCCUUCUGGCGUGAUGAAUCUUUUGAUGAAAAAACGAAUUAUGGAUAAAUGUCAAAAGAUUGAACAGCGUUGUUUACCUAUUCGCGAUUUACUUCGUGAGAUAAACUUGGAACACUUUGUGCAGCAAUGUAAUGUUCGUGUUGACGAAGUUAUUAAAGACGCUCGAGAACUUUAUAUUGCCGCAGAAAAUUCUGGAGAAUUAUCAAGGGAGGAAAAAUUAAUGAUUCACAAUGCAAUGAGUGGUGAGUUUCAUGGAUCAGGUCAUUGGUAUCAGUGUCCUAACGGUCAUGUAUACACGAUUGGGGAGUGUGGAAUGGCCAUGCAGAGCAGUAGAUGCCCGGAAUGUGGGACGGCUAUUGGAGGAGGUGAGCACAGAUUUAUUGCAGGAAACGUGAGGAACGAGGAAUUUGAUAAUAUGCAAUGA